AUGCGGCUGGGCCGCCGGGCCCUCUGUGCGGCCGUCCUGCUGCUCGCCUGCGCCUCGCUGGGGCUCCUAUACGCGAGCACCCGGGGCGCGCCGGGCCUCCGGGGACCUCUUGCGCUGUGGACGCCCCUACAGGGCAAGCCCAGGCCAGAACUGCUAGGUCUUGUCCCUGAGCCCAGAUACGCACACAUCCCGGUCAGGAUCAAGGAGCAAGUGGUGGGGCUGCUGACUGCCAACAAUUGCAGUUGCGAGUCCAGUGAGGGGAGCCUUCACCUCCCCUUCCAGCGGCAGGUCCAAGCCUUUGACUUCACCAAGGCCUUUGACCCUGAGGAGCUGAGCAGUGUGUCUGCCUCGAGGGAGCAGGAGUUCCAGGCCUUCCUUUCAAGGAGCCGGUCUGCGGCCGACCAGCUGCUCAUAGCCCCUGCCAACUGCCCGCUGCGGUACCCCCUGCAGGGCGUGGAGGUCCAGCCCCUCAAGAGCAUCUUGGUGCCAGGACUGGGCCUGCAGGCCACUUCUGGUCAGGAGGUAUACCAGGUGAACCUGACUGCCUCCUUGGGCACCUGGGACGUGGCAGGGGAAGUAACCGGAGUGACUCUCACCGGGGAAGGGCAGCCAGAUCUCAGCCUCGCCAGCCCAGGGCUGGACCGACUCAAUCGGCAGCUGCAGCUGGUCACUUACAGCAGCCGAAGCUACCAGGCAAACACAGCAGACACAGUCCGGUUCUCCACCGAGGGACACGAAGCUGCCUUCACCAUCCGCAUAAGACACCCACCCAACCCUCGGCUGUACCCACCUGGGUCUCAACCCCAGGGAGCCCAGUACAACAUCAGCGCUCUGGUCACCAUCGCCACCAAGACCUUCCUUCGUUACAAUCGGUUACGGGCACUCAUCGCCAGCAUCCGCCGCUUCUACCCAACGGUCACAGUGGUGAUCGCCGAUGACAGCGACAAGCCAGAGAGCAUCAGAGGUCCCCACAUCGAGCACUAUCUCAUGCCUUUUGGCAAGGGCUGGUUCGCAGGCCGGAACCUGGCCAUAUCCCAAGUAACCACCAAGUACGUGCUGUGGGUGGACGAUGACUUCGUCUUCACGGCGCGGACGCGACUCGAGAGGCUUGUGGACGUGUUGGAGCGGACGCCGCUGGACCUGGUCGGGGGCGCGGUGCGCGAGAUCUCCGGCUUCGCCACCACCUACCGGCAGCUGCUGAGCGUGGAGCCCGGCGCGCCAGGCCGCGGGAACUGCCUCCGGCAGAAGCGCGGCUUCCACCACGAGCUCGUCGGCUUCCCGGGGUGCGUGGUCACCGACGGCGUGGUCAACUUCUUCCUGGCGCGCACUGACAAGGUGCGCGAGGUCGGCUUUGACCCGCGCCUCAGCCGCGUGGCGCACCUGGAAUUCUUCCUGGAUGGACUCGGUUCUCUUCAAGUGGGCUCCUGCUCAGACGUUGUUGUGGACCACGCAUCCAAGUUGAAGUUGCCUUGGACCUCAAGGGAUGCGAAGGCAGAGACUUACGCUCGCUACCGUUACCCAGGAUCGCUGGAUGAGAGUCAGGUGGCCAAACAUCGCCUGCUGUUCUUCAAACACCGGCUUCAGUGCAUGACCUCAGAGUGA